CGUACACGAAGUGUACUUUCAUCUAUAAAAAUGUCAAACAAGAAUUUGUUUAUGAAGUUCGGGUAUUUGCGUGCACCCUUUGCUCUAGGUAUUGGUCGUUAUGUAUGUCAGUUGCAGAGAAUAACUAUAAAAUUCUGUAAAAGUCACGGUGGUAGCUUGGGAGUUAGGCAUUUUUUGGAAAACGAUUUAAUUAAUUACGCGAAAGAAAAUCCUGGAGUUGUAGUAUAUGUUAAACCAAGAAGACACAGGAAUCCAAUUAUAAAAGCAGAAUAUUUAAAUGGAGAAGUACAUUGGAUGUGUGUUGGCAAUUAUUCCAGAGAGGAUGUUAUACAAUGGAUGGAAUUAAUGAAAACACAAUAUCAUAAUGGUUCAGAAUACAGAUUGCUCAGAAUGUGGCAUACAGAUUUUCCUAGUAUUCAAGAACCUUGGUCACCUUAUACUUUUAAAGAUCCAGCUUUCAAUACAGCUAAAUUGCCAGAUAAAAAGCUUGGUGAAUAUGUUAAGUUAGAACCUACAGCAACAGAACAGUUGAUUAAUUUAUUCAAGGACCAACAAAAAGCUGCCAAACUUCAAGAAGAAGAUGAAAUUCAAGGAACAGUUGGUUAA